AUGAGAGUAUAUCUAUUACAACUUUCAUCAAGAAGAUGGACACUAUAUUGUGAGAAGUCAGAGUUCUUGGUCAAGUCAAUGGACUUGGCCGCACCAGUUGCAGCGACAGGUACAACGACAGACAAGCCCAAGCCAACAGGACGACUAGCAUCAUUCGUACAAUAUCUCAAGACAAAGGCAGCCGAGUCAAAGAAGGAGAUUGAUGAUGCAGAGGAGGGCAAGGGUAUGGCUGGCAAACUAAAGACCCUGUUACGCAGGUUGGAAGGCACCAUUCAUCCCGAAGAAAAGAUGAUCUUUCAGUUCUCCAACGUCAACAGUGCAUCACUGAUCAUACAUCCAAAUCAACAUAAACAUAAUGAACAACAUCAUCAACAUCAACAUCAUCCAAUGAUGGACCAUCAUCAUCCUAAAAAGACAUCCACCCAGCUGGCGAUCAAUCAGUUCCACGAGACUCAUGGCAAGCCUCAAUUCACCAUCCACUACCCACCCGAGCUGGGCGCUCGCCGUGCCAACAGAUACGCACGUAUAGUGGCUCGCCAACGCACGGAGUACCACAAGCUGUGGUCUUUGAUCAACAUCUGUGUCAUACCAAUCUCGGUGGCCGCCUCGAUUCUGCCCGGCCCAAACGUGUUCUUGGCGUGGAACAUCUACAGACUGUACAGCAACCUGAUGGCGGUCAAGGGUGGCAUCAACCUGCUAAAGAUAACCAAUGAUCACUCGGCAAUACUAUAUCGCGAACAGGAAGUUGUCGCCACAGCCGACGCCGAGCAACCGAUCGCCGGCGAGAUAAUGUUCAGCGAGGAGAGCGACGGAGACAUCGAGACCAACCUUCUCGACGACCUAUCCUACGCUGACCGUAUCGCGUUUGUGCUGGAGCGCAACAAUGUCGAGUCACUGGCCAAGCGCUCGCGACUGCCCGGCCUGCUGGAACAUAUUCAGGACAUCGAGAGGUCUGAGAAGACGACGUUCCUUUCCAAGCCAACUGCCGAUCCAAUAAACGAUGUACCACCUGCGCAGUCGCAACAGUAA